UCUAAGCCUGCGGUUGUUAAUAAAUGCGAUGGAAAGUUUUUAAAAUUACAUAUGUCUUCGAUGUUUCUUCAGGACAAUAUGAAUGAGUGGCAAGGCGAAAGUGAGAAAGUUCUUCAAAGAACAUCCUCACUUUUGAAGAACACCGCCUUAUCUGACGUUACGUUCAUCGUUGGACCGAACACUUCGUCUAAACGAUAUGUGGGUCACCGUGUUCUGUUGGCGAUGACUAGUCCCGUAUUUGAAGCCAUGUUCUAUGGCGACAUGGCUGACAAAUCCAAGGUGAUUCGAAUCACAGACAUAGCACCAAUUGGGUUCGAAAAUCUCUUGAGGUACGCUUACACGGACACGUUAAAAUUUCAAACGGUGGACGAUGCCAUGUUAACGGCAUACGCAGCGAAAAAAUACCUUCUUCCUCAUCUUCUCAGAGAAUGUUUCAAUUAUAUUGAAAGAAACGUUUCUCCGAAGAACGCAUGCCAAGUCUACGAGUUUGCAAUCAUCAUGGAAGCUCACACUCUAGUUUUUCAGUGCUUAAAUACUAUAGACCGACAGACGUAUCACGUUUUAACUUCGAGUACGUUUCUCAACGUCAGUGUGGGUACUUUAGAGUUAAUAGUGCGCCGUGAAUAUCUCAAUCUGUAUUCGGAAUUCUCGUUGUAUAGUGCUCUUUAUCUAUGGGCGGAAGAAGAAUGCAAGCGACGAAAUUUAGAUCCCGAAAUAGAGAAUUUGAGGCACGCCCUAGAGAAUGUACUUCCUUAUAUAAGAUGGUUGACGAUGACAUCGGAAGAAUUCUGCAAAGGACCCGCCAAAAGUGGACUUUUAAAUAAGGAAGAGUGCUAUUGUGUGUUUAUGAAUUUAGCAAUCCAAGGCAUCAUUCCAAUGCCGAAAGGACUUUCUAACGAGACAAAUAAGAGACUUUCACCUCCCGAAUAUUUUAUCGUUGUUCGCUAUAAACCGACAUCUUUCCACACACCCGUCAGACCCAUCAGGGCAUUCGGAAGCCAUUUUGUGGUCACCAAUCGUGAUAUAUUCUUAGUGGGUGUCAGUAUCCCAGUCAGAUUGGACAGUGGUUAUUAUUCUAUCAGGCAGCCACGCUUCGAUGGUAACCUUCGAUUAACUUACAAGAUACAAGAAGAGAAAACGGAGAGGGAGGACAUUGAUGUGAACUUUACACUCUCCAAAGAAAAAGACGUUCGAUUGAAAUUAACCAAACCGUUUUACUUGAGAAGGGGUCUGGAAUAUGUGAUGGAACUUCAAGUACGCACCAUAUUAGCCGAAGAUGUGAUCGUACCAACGUUGAGGAACAAAAGGAAGGAGGACACGGUCGAGGGAGUAACAUUCCAUUUCCACCCUAUACAGAAAGCUCUAUCGAUCAGCAAUCCGGCAGAAGCUAUGGAAUUUGCAGAGAUCUACUUUUAUUUCUAACUCUAAUCUUUUAAAAUUAUUUUAUGUACAUCUUUUAUUCAUC